AUGGCCUAUGGCUUUCUGCAGGUUGUAAAGACUGUCUAUGCAUCUCCAAGUCGUGUCAAUUUUCAUUUGGACUCUAGGAAGGAAGUAGAAACGAGUCCUGCUUAUCCAGAAAUAUGUUUUGCAGUUGAUGACUUUGAUUCAACAUUUGAUGCGGUGGUCUUGACAGAUACAGAUCACUGCUAUUGUGUACUUCUAAAUGCUCAUGAUGGGGCAGCAUUUCCCGAUGAAAAGGCAUCACAAGAUUGUAGUUCUAGUGAUGUUUCUCCUUCAAAGAAUGAUACUGGUGCUGGAAACACGAAGAACACUAAGGUCACACUAUUUUCAGGAUUUGUCAGCUAUCAGAUGGUUCGAGAAGCGUAUGAUGCUGGGAGAUCUGGAUUAGGGAGCCUUUUGUCACUUGGUCAUUCCCAUGGCAAAACUGACAGGCUUUACAUGAAGGGUCCUGGAGGACGUGGCGAAGUUGAAGUAGCUGUCUCUGGUGUCUCAGAUCAAAGCAAGCUGGAAUCAGGCUCCUACUCUCCGGUUCAGGUAUCAAAGAGAGGAUUUGGGAUUGGAACAAUUGUUCGUAAAGCAGCUUCUGUUGCAUCUGAGGCAGCAAAGCAUGCCUAUGCAGCUGCUUCUGCCACCCGUAGUUCAGAUGAUGAGAUGCUGCCUCUCAAGUGCUGCUUGAUGUCCGUAUCAUUGCCCUGGGAGCACAUUGCUUAUGAUCUUUUGUUUAAGGGAAGCCCACCAGUGAACUUGUAGGUGUACAUUAUGAUUUAUGGGUGAUACAAGACAACAUCAAGUUCCCAACUUAAUUCAACGAAGAAAAUGUUUCAAAUUCCUUCGUUGAAGAGGAAAGCGGGAAAGAAGAACAUUCGCAAACCAGAGGUAAAGCUUGCACCGUAAAGUAAAUGCACAGGAUAGCUUUCGGAUGUAUGUUGUUUUUGAAAAGUCUAUUGGAUUUUGUCAUAGGGUGGUAAUUAUGUUGCACAUAUGUACUUGAUUACUUAGCAGUUCUCAAGUGCACUUUUGUCAUUGUUUAAGAUGCUCAACUCAUGGUUAGUGAAUUCAAACCUCUUCUAUGUUCAUUUCUUUGGGUUUCAAUGGCAAUUAUUUCUCUUGG